GCAGUUCACCAGCGCAGCAGCAGCGGAGCGCCCCCAACCAGAAAGAGAAAGAGAAAGAGGCAGGCAGCAGAGCCGAACCAACCAACUAACCAACGGACGGAAGAGACCGCCGCCAAGCCUCGCGCCCCUUCCCUCCUUUUCCUCUUCUGCCUCCCUCGGGAUCCGCCGCCGAGAUUGGAGCUCCGGCCGGCGCAUGGACCCCCGCCGUCGCGCGGAUAGCGACGAGUAGCGGGAGGUAGAGGUGGCAGAGACGCCGGCGCCAAGGGGCGAGGCGGACAUGGACACCAACGCCGGCUCCUUCGUCGCCGUCCGGCGGCUCGCUGGCUCCGACCGAGCGGCCGGCGCCGUCGCGUUCCAUCACUCGUCCUCAGCGGAGGUCGUGACCGGGUCGACGGCGUGGAUAGGGAGGGGGCUCUCCUGCGUCUGUGUGCAGAGUAGAGACAGCGACGCCCGCCUUUCUUUCGAUUUGACUCCCGUUCAGGAAGAGUGCCUACUGAGGUUACAGAACCGGAUAGAAAUUCAGUAUGAUAGUUCAAACAUAGAGCAUCAGGAAGAACUGAAGGCCCUUUGGUGCGCCUCCUUUCCUGGAACUGAGCUUAGGGGCCUAAUAUCGGAACAAUGGAAAGAGAUGGGCUGGCAAGGGAAAGAUCCAUCCACGGAUUUUAGAGGUGGAGGCUUUAUCUCCUUGGAGAAUUUAUUAUUCUUUGCCAGGAACUACCCGAAAUCUUUUCAGGAACUUCUUUGUAAGCAGAAUGGUGACCGUGCAAUUUGGGAGUAUCCAUUUGCGGUAGCUGGUGUAAAUAUAACAUUCAUGCUCAUUCAGAUGCUUGAUCUACAAGCAGUCAAACCAAGGUCAUUGUUGGGAGCUGUUUUCCUAAAGCUACUUUCAGAAAAUGAUCGAGCCUUUGAUAUCCUGUACUGCAUAACCUUCAAGCUGAUGGAUCAGCAAUGGCUUGACAUGCAUGCUACUUACAUGGACUUCAAUACAGUCAUGAAAUCCACACGACGCCAGCUAGAAAGGGAGCUGUUGAUUGAAGAUAUUCAGCGGGUUGAGGAUAUGCCAUCGUACAAGCUUCUAGCCCGCUAGCUAGUAACUGAAACCUUAACAUGGCCUACAUGUCGCCGCGAGGCUUGAAUUGCUGAACGAUGCAACCAGUGUCCUUAUACAGUGAGAGAAUUCCAAGAUGUAGAUGCCCCUGUAUCUUGUCGCGUUUUAGGUACUCCGAUAACCCGGGCUCUCAUGUAUUUACAUAGUAGGGUUUUCUUGGCCAGCAUGCCACGUAGGGUAACUCCAGUAUCCGACCAACUACCAGGAGGGCAGAGUAUUUGUAGGGUGUGUGUGUGUGUGCGCGUGCGCUGUUAAAGUUUGGUUAUUGCCCAUAAUACCACGGAAGGAAUGUAGUCCUUGUCUCUGUCCUUGUAACCAGGAGCCUCUUGUGAAAGCUAAUCUGAGUGCGCAGCAACUACGAUA